AUGUUUGUGUGUCCUGGAAGAGAAGCACAAGCACCUAUGAAAUAUCCGAUUGCUGGAACAGACAAUGCUCUGUCUCAGUUGCGGCUCAUCGCUGUCGAUGGGAAUACAGUUGUCGACUGUGGCCUCAAGACUCCUUUGAAUGUGCGAUUUCCAUGGAUAGAAUAUAUUGCUCGUGCGGGUUUUCUGAACGACGGGAAGACGUGA